AUGAAUCGCGCUCUUUUUCUUUCCCUGUUCGGCCUUUUUGUCAUUACUCUCACUUGUCAAGCGGAUAGGUAAAUUUAUCUUGAUAGAGUAAGUGCUCCAAGCACUUACAUAUAUAUCCUUAUGAAGUUCAAUAACUUCACGAUUAUGUGGGAAAACGUUAACGGAAGAUUUUUGCAGAGCAAAUUGCGAGAAAGGAGUUAGCGUUAUUAGCAAGGGAAUAAGAGAGCAUUUGGACAAUGACGCCAGGCGUGAAUACGAUUGCCAGAAUGUUCUUAACGUCCUAGAAGGUCAGGUAAGUUGCUUUUUACAUGUAUUUUGUACAGAACUUCAAGCACAAGCAGUUUAAAUGAGGACUUGGCAACCUCGAUGCAAUAAAGAAACAUAAAUAAUUUCAGUGCCGGCAGAAGAAAUGUGGUCCCUGUGAGUACGGAAUGAUCAAUUGCGUCAAGUCUCAGAAACAUAGCAAAAUGCUGGUGAUCACCAACGAAAAUUGUUGCAGCCACUGCUAA